AUGGUUUGAUUUUUGUCAAAAUGAACAACAUUUUUCCUUUUAAUAAAUUUAUCACGGGCUUUAACAUCAUCAAAGCCAACGGCGGACCAUUAAACGCCUUUAAAAAAUUAUUCAGACAUGAUGAAUUGAAAAUUGGUACAUUAGUUGGUACUGAUGAAAUGGGCAAUCGCUAUUAUGAAAAUAAUACGUAUUUUUAUGGACGUAAUCGUUGGGUAGAGUACAAUGACCAAGUUUAUUUGGAUUAUGAUGCAAGUCAAAUUACUGCUGAAUGGUAUGGUUGGAUCCAUUACAAAACCGACCUUCUUCCAUAUAAUGAUCCAAACAGGCCGAAGUACAAGUGGAUGGCCAAACAUACAGAAAACGAAACCGGUACCGAACGUCAAUAUGUACCAUAUAGUACAAUGCCACCAAAAAUCCAAGCUUGGGUACCACCAAAUAAGAAUUAAAUUAUGUGGCGCUAUUUAGUGUAAAUACCUAUUAAAAACAAAUUGUUAUUAAUUUCAUUAUUUGAUUAGUUUAACAAAUAUUAAACUUCAAAUAAAUAUUUCAUCAAUUUAUAUUUAGUAAAUAAAUACAAUAGAUAUUACCUUUUUUCUUUUUUGCUUAUACUACAUAAUUUUAAUUCAAAGUGAGUUGAUCGUUUAUUACUUACAGAUAUACUAUACAGCAUAAUUGUUAAUUAUUUAAUUAAGAGUGCCAUUUUUCUAUAUUACCAGUAAUUAUAGAAAACAUUAAAAUAAUAAUGUGAAGAAAUGUAGGUAACAUAUUAAUUUGAUUUUAUCACAAUCUAUAGUUUUUGAGAAAAUAGAGUUUCAUUCAGAACUAUUUUAUCAAUUUAUCAUUCAAUUAAAAUUGUUUUUAACAGAAAUUAACUGCACUAGUUAAAAUGAAGAAACUAGACUAUGCUCAAAUACCCUUUUGUAUUUCAAGAGAUUUGAUCCCGGCUGUGUUUUAUACCAAAAUAUACCUUAUGACUUAUACAAUAUUAUUAUACCAAUUAUCAUAGUAGUCAUCGCCUUAUCGGAUAAAACUUUUGAAUAUAUCUUUGGAGUUAAUAAAUUAAUUUUUUUUUUAAAUGUUUAAAAUAUUAAAAUCAAACAAUUAAUUUAAAA